AUGGCGCAGUCCCGACGCGUCCGGUCGCGUGCGACCCCGCAACCAGACGUCGACCUCUCACACCAACAGCAGUCGACCCGCAUCACUCGCAGCCAAAGCCGCGACCCCGACAUCUUACCAACCCAGCAUGGCACAAAUCCCUCGCGAAGAAAUGGCCGUGGAGCCAGUGCCGAGAGCAUUGAUAGCGUCGACACCGACACCGUCCGCGCCCGCGCCACUCGCUCAUCCCGGAGAGCUGUAGAACGAACCCUCCCUGUUGUCGAAGAAGAUGCGGCUGUGCAGUAUCCGGCUCUUCCACAACCAGUAGAAGCAGUUCCCGAUGACGACGAGGCAGAUUCGCCUCUGUACGUUGAGAACGACUACAUUGCUCAUCAACCGCCCCGAGCUCAGUCCAACGUCUCCGGCACUACCGCAAUCUCAACCGCCCAAACCGUCCAUGACCCUGCCGACCUAGACAACGACUUGAUGAUCGAGUUUCUUGAGGACCUGUACACGGGUGCAAGCAAGAUUUUGACAAUCAUCGCCCCCAAGAGUGCUUCCACUGAGCGCCUUGCAUCUGUUGCUUCUGAAGCUGCCGAUGCAGACUCACGGACUCGACGUCUCCUGGAGAAGCGUGCCAAGCACUUCAGAGAAGCACGCGGAAACUUUGGAGAUGGUGAUUUCAUCAAUGUGGAAACCGUGCUGGCGUCCUUGGCUCAUGGAGAAGCGAUGCACGAGCCGGAUGUGCAUCGCCUCGAUGCCAUUCUCUACAUGGCCAAUGUAGCAGCGUUGGCAAGCCAAAUUGCCACCUUACCCGAAGAUAGAAGCGCUAUGUUUCAUAGCCUCCUACUUCUUGACCACACCUUCCCCCGUAACCUGAUUGGGUCGUUAGAGCUGGAGGAUGGCGCUCUUGGAGAGGAGACAUUUAACCUCGCCCUGGAUAUUCGCACCCAGUUUGCUAUUUCUUUGCUGAUGAACGCCAGAAAUGAAGUAGACUUCGAUCCAGAUGCAUCUCUCAAUUCUGUCUUUUUUGCAAUCCCCGAUGAUGAAGAUGGAGAAGGCAGUGGGGCUAGUCACCUCCGGGGAUGGGAUAUCUUGGGUCUCGGCUCGGGCGAUGACGAUCUACCCAAGCCUAUCAAAGAAGCCGUCACGAAGAGGAUCGACAAAAUCAGGGGAGCCUUCCGGGAAGACCAGGAAGCUUUGCAGCAAAGGGACUAUAUCGAUGCAGAAACGCUCGAGUUGGAUUUUCCCUGGCAUGGUUUUGUUAUAGGCGUCUUGGAGUGGGCGAGCGUCUGUAGUGUCGAGUUCGAAAACGAGGUUGGCGGUGUUCGCGGCAUUCACGAAAUUCAAGAGUCUCUGCAGCAAUACCUAGAGGCGGAAGACACUCAAUAUUCCGGAGAGCGCAAACAGAUCGCAUCGCAGAGCCAGGGCGAAUCUACCGCCGAAACAGAGUCCCAAAGCCAACAAAUCCCCGGGACAAACCAAAAUGUCGCCAGGCACUGGAAGAAGCGUUGGGACCGUUUCAAAGGCCAAGGCAUCGAAGUAGCGGAAGAUCCAAGGGAAGCCAGUGCACCUAAUGGCGCCGUCCCUCAAACAGCCGAGGAGGACUAUCAGCCGCCAAUCACCGAGGAAGAGGAUGACUCAAGGACAUCUACCAAUCCUCCAGCAGGAUCCAGUAUUAUGCAGGAGGAUCUUGAGAGCCUACGACUACGCGAAAAACAAAACAAGGAGAACAUGCGGAGAACAAUGACAAACUCAAGCCCCUCUGCUCGCAAGUCGUUCUACGACAAACAAAAAAGCGCAACGCGGGUUUCCUGGGACGAACCGGAAGUAUCAUUUCCAACGGAGUUCGCCUCGUCCAGUAAACGCCCAAAGAGGAGAAGGCGUGUCGAGACCGAGUCCGACGAGGAAGAGGAGUUUGAAACGCGCAUCUCGAACAACAAACGGAAAGCACCCGUCAAGAGAAGGACACGAUAUGAUUCAUCCUCAAUUCCGCCGCCAUCACCGUCCGCACGAGGUGAAACGAGCCGUCGAGCUGUCCGUACUCGACUUGAGGAAGGAGAAGACUACGACGGCCGGGACGAAGUUCCGCCGUCUCCCGCCGAGCAGUUCAAGACCGUGAACCAACAAGCCAAGGCUGUGAGCGGCACAUAUGGCAUUCGGGUCGGCAAGGGACGCAGGCCAUGGUCACGCGAAGAGGUCAAUGUCCUCAUGGAACUUGUUGCUACGUUCAAAAAUUCAGCGCAGCCAUGGGCAAUGAUCAAGAGUACGGAUUCUGCUUGCGACGACGUGUUGAGGCACAGAAGUAACAAAGACCUGAAAGACAAGGCCAUCAACAUGAUUUACAACUACAGAUUGGCUGGUCAAGCAUUGCCGACAGGCUUCGAAGUGUUCAGGCUACCGGCUAAACUCCAGGAGAAAGUAGAAAAGCGUCGAGGGGUUCUACCUGAGGAUUCGGAAGAGUGA